GCUCUGAUUGCGCUGGACAUUAUGCACGACCAAAUGAAAUAUGAGAAUGCGGUUGAUGUUCUGGGAUGUGUCACCUCGCUGCGGGCUCAGCGAAACUUCAUGGUACAGACGGAGGAACAGUAUGUCUUCGUCUAUUCCGCCCUCCUGGAGAUGGCCGAGGGUGGCUACACGGAGGUAUCGGCCCGCGGACUAUAUGCUCAAUUCACUUCAUUGCUGCAAACUGAUAGCAUGGGCUUCAGUGGAUUCGACCUGGAAUUCAAGAAUUACUACGAUCUGGUGGUUGGACUUCGCUGUUGGACAGUCCUCAAACAGAAUUACCGAUACCCCAUUCCCAGGCACUGA